AUGCAGGCCUAUCUCGCGGCCAAGUACAUGUCAGGCCCCAAGGCCGACGCGAUCCUCUCGCGCACAUCCGCACCCAAGAAGAAGAAACGCAAGGCAGGCACAGCCGCGUCCUCGAAAGCAGGCAGCUCCGGCGCGUCCUUCAUCAAAGACCACGACGUUCUCGGCUGGGACAGCUACCGCGAGGCAGACGAGGACGAGGUCGCUGACGCGGUGGUGGCGGAGGACCGCGGGUUCAAGAAGCGGCAGCGCAUGGACGAGGCGUCGGGCUGGGCGACCGUCCGCGAGGGGGAGCAGCGCGAAGAGUCGCCGCCCCCGGCCGCGGACGAGCAGCCGCAAGUGGUCGAGGAGCAGCCCGCGUUCAAGGGCGGUCUCCUUACGGCCGCGCAGCUCAAGAAGACACUUCCGCGCGAGAAGGGGGGCAAGACGGCGAAGGAGAAGGAGCUGGAGGAGCAGGCUGCGGCGCAGGAGACUGUCUAUCGUGACUCGUCUGGCAGGCAGGUGGACAUGGCGGCAGAGCGGGCUGAGGCGGCGCGGCGGAAACGUGAGCGCGAGGAACAGGAGGCGCGCAAGAUGGAGUGGGGUAAGGGUCUUGUGCAACGGGAGGACGUCGAGAAGAGGAGGAAGGAGGAAGAGGCGAUGCGGGCGCGUCCGUUCGCUCGGGACAAGAACGACGCAGACAUGAACGAGGAGUUGAAGGCUCAGGACAGAUGGAACGAUCCUGCUGCCGCUUUCUUAACGAAAAAGCGAUCCAAAGGUCCGCGCAAACCCGAGUAUUCCGGUCCACCACCUCCGCCAAAUCGGUAUGGUAUCAAACCUGGAUACCGUUGGGACGGUGUCGAUCGCGGCAACGGUUUCGAGAAGAAGCUGUUUCAGCGACAGAACGACAAGCGGCGACGAGGACUUGAGAGCUACCAGUGGAGUGUCGAUGACAUGUAA